AUGGAGCGUGUCCCCAAAGUCAACCAGGAGCACCCAGACCCCGAUCAGCCACUGUGCACAGUCAAACUGACGCGGUUUCGAUCAGUACACAGCAGUUCGGUACCUUCGAGUCCGCGCGCGCCCAUGAGUGCUGCCAGCUCUUUCAUCCGCUCAUUAAAUCUGCUGAACACGCCAGCGGUAG